AUGAUCCCCAGGCUGCCUAGUAACGGGGGUGAUCCGCUGACCUCCUCUAUGAGGAAGUACUCCUGCCAGAUCCUUCCAGGGAGAGAGGCUGAACUCCCCAGGUGUGGGAUCCCCUACGGGUCCAGAACUCAGCCCUUCAGUCCUACCUGCUACUUGGAAAUAAUAAAAACAUUUGAGGAAUAUGAAUACCUACAAGAAGGAGACAUCAUGAUCGGAGGGGUGAUGACGGCACAUUUAACUAUGGUGACUAAUAGGUUUCCAUGGGACAAUACAAAGAGAUUUAUGUGUACUGAUCCAAAUGAACAGGCUUUCCGCUACUUGGUGGAUUUUCGCUUUGCCAUUGAGCAAAUUAACAAGGAUUUGGCCUGGUCAGCCAACCUGACCCUGGGGUACCAUAUAUCUGACUCCUGUGGGGAUGCAACGAAGGCUGUGAGGAGUGUGUUCCAAAUAUUAUCUGGUACCAGGGAGCCGGUUCCCAAUUACUCCUGUGUGGGAAAGAGAAACAUUGCUGGGUUUAUUGGGGAUCUCAGCUCAGAGACAACUGUACCCAUAGCCCAGAUACUGACUAUGUAUGGGUAUUCCCAGAUCAGUUACGGAGCGACAGACCCAUCGCUCAGAGACAGAGACACCUUCCCGUACUUCUUCCGCACAGUACAAAGUGAUGAAGCCAAUUAUUUUGCUUUAAGUAAAUUAUUGAGACAUUUUGGUUGGACCUGGGUUGGAAUAAUUACAUCUGAUGAUAUGAGCGCGGAGGAAGAACUUCACAGUUUGGCCAAAUAUCUCUCUAGGGAAGGCGUCUGCAUUGAGUUUUCAAUAAAGAUACAAAUCUAUAAAAUAAAGGAUUUUCCUUUGAAUCAACAUGAAAGCACAAUUCUGGGAUCCUUUACCAGUGUCAUUAUUCUUAGUGGAACAGCUUCUAUUACGUUUGUGGCAGUAUUACCUUUUGUGCUCCAAAAAAAGACUUUGAUCCUUUCAUCUAAUUGGGGGACUAAUGAUAUUGUUGUUGGAUACGCUAUGGAAAUAUUUAAUUGCAGUUUGGUGUUUGUGCCACGUUACCAUUAUGAUCUCGGGACUCCUGAAAUGAGCAGAUUUUUAGAGGAUUUACAUCCAUCAAAAUUCCCAGAUGAUGAGUUAGUUGAAGAUAUCUUCCUAAUGUUCCAUUUGUGUUUGUCAAAAGACCAAAAUAAGAAUAAUUUGUAUGAAUAUACUUCCCCGCAUACUCUUCAUAACUGCACCGGGCUGGAGCGUAUCACAGACCUUUACUAUUUUAGUGGUAAAGCCAGUUCUCCCCGAGUGCAUCUGGCAGUUGAUAUAAUGUCCCGAGCUCUUCAUGAUAUGAACGUGUUGUUUAUCAACAAAUCCAUUAAGCCCCCCUAUAAGUACCAGUUGCAUCAUUUUUUAAAAAAACAUCAAUACAGAACCCAAACUGGACCAACCUUCAAAUUUGAUGAACAUGGGGAGUACAUCUCUGGGUUACAGAUCUAUAAUUACAUUUUUUCCAGAGACGGUUACCUAACGAAAAAGCUCUUCGGUGAAUUCUCACCGUGGGGAUCCCCAGAUCAGCAGCUGAAAAUCACAUCAUCAUUAAUACAAUGGAAGACAAGUAAUAAUGACAUCCCAAGAGCCCAAUGCUCAGACAACUGUCUCCCCGGCUUUAGGAAGGCACCAAGGCCCCGAGCCCAGUCCUGCUGCUAUGACUGUGUCCCGUGUUCAGAGGGAGAGAUCUCCAAUAUAACUGACAGUGAGAACUGCAUUACAUGCCCAGACCUUGAAUGGCCCAAUAAGAACAGGACUAUCUGCAUUGUGAAAACAGAAGAUUGUCUCUCCUACACUAAUGAUGUGAUUUCUAUUAUUUUUUCAUCAAUCUCAGUUCUCUUCUUUCUCAUAACUCUGCUAAUACUGGUAGUCUUCAUUUCCAACCAUGACACCCCCAUAGUGAGAGCCAACAACCGGAGCCUGAGCUUCCUCCUCCUUGUCUCCAUCAAGCUGAGCUUCCUCAGUGUGUUUCUGUUCCUCGGUCGCCCUGUGGAUAUAACCUGCAUGCUGCGCAUCAUCACUUUUGGAAUCACCUUCUCCAUAGCUGUCUCUUCUCUCCUGGCCAAGACUAUCAUGGUUUGUGUUGCUUUCAAAGCCACCAAGCCAGGGAGCUCAUGGAGAAAAUGGCUGGGAGUCAAACUGUCCAAUUCUGUAGUCUUGUUCUGCUCAUCCAUUCAAAUAAUCAUCUGCAUGACUUGGUUGGCCAUUUCUCCUCCCUUUCAGGAACUGGACAUUCACACUUCCCCUGGAACCAUCAUCAUUCAGUGCAAUGAGGGCUCAGCUAUUGGCUUUUACUCAGUUAUUGGGUAUAUGGGGCUUCUGGCAGCUGUUAGUUUUGUUUUAGCAUUUUUAGCUCGGAGCUUACCGGACAGUUUUAAUGAGGCCAAGUACAUCACUUUCAGCAUGCUGCUCUUCUGCAGUGUUUGGAUCACAAUGAUCCCGGCCUAUCUGAGCACCAAAGGCAAAAACACUGUGUGUGUGGAGAUAUUUGCCAUACUCACCUCAAGCGCGGGCCUUUUAGCCUGUAUAUUUCUGCCCAAAUGUUACACUAUAUUAUAUAGACCUGAGAUGAACAAAAAAUCCCAUUUACUUGGAAACAAAGCCUCAUAA